GAUAAAAACACGGUCAGAGGCCGAGCUGUGGAGCGGCCGGCAGCGGGAGAGAAGUUACCGCUUCUCCUGCUCCGCUUUUCUCCUGAAUAAAAGCCAGGUGAUUCCGGAGCUGUCAGUCACCCACCAUGAAGAUCUCGGCUUGCAAACUGGGUACGGUGUGUGUUCUCCUAUAAGCUGCCUGUACUUGCCUCUCUGAGCCAUGCCUGAAGAUUAGAGCACCUCUCCUUGCCAAAUAAAAGUACAAAUCUACAUGACACCACAUGUAGACCUCCCCUCGUCCAUCCCACCGGAGUGAACCCCUUAGUCUUGAUUCCUUCUCUUCCUAUUGAGUCCAUCCUUCGUCAGCCUCUUGAAGACAAACCGGGACAAUGUCCCCGCAUUUGAACAUGGCUCCUACAUAAGACCCUUCAGUCCCAUGCGUCCUGUAAGUGGAGAUUCGUCCGGUGCUGUCCCUCCUGAGAGUGUGUCGUUGCUGGGCUCUCUUUCCCCGUCCGAUAUGUCCCUACUGCAGUCCCUGGGCCCAGUGCAAAGCUGGCUGGGUCAGGAGCUGGAGAAAUGUGGCAUAGACGCCAUGAUCUACACCCGAUACGUCCUCAGCCUCCUGCUGCAUGACAGCUAUGACUAUGAUCUGCAGGACCAGGAGAACGACAUCUUCCUGGGUUGGGAGAAGGGAGCUGGCAAAAAAUGGGGGAGGAGCAAGAGGAAGGGAGGGACGGACCUGAGUCUGGAGGAGAUGAAGAAGCAGGCCGCUGUGCAAUGCCUGCGUUCUGCUUCUGAUGAAAACUCUGGAGUCGAAAGUUUGGUUGAGGAGCUUUGCUCAAAGCUCAAGGACAUUCAGAACAAACAAAAAGAAAAAGAAAAACAAACCAUUAAGAAGUCCGAUGAAUCCCGAUCUCCUGAAUUGGCUGAAUCACCUUCUUCGAAAGACCAGGUGGAAAUGUACUACGAAGCCUUUCCACCUCUAUCAGAAAAACCUGUUUGUCUCCAAGAGAUUAUGACCGUGUGGAACAAGGCUAAAGCAAGUGCGUAUUCCAGCUCCUCAUCUGCUGCCCCUCAAACGAGCACAGACACCUCCUCCCCAAAAGAUUGCCCCAGUGAGAGUGAAGCCUGCAAGGACAAAGCACCUGAUCCGUUGGUCACUACCAAUGAGAAGGCUCAGCAUCGACGCAGCAAGAAAGAAAAAGAGAACAGAUACCAUGGGGGUGCAUCUGGGAUUUGCAGUGACCAGGUUAUUUCUCAAAAUAAAAGGCAUGCCAGACAUCGGUCUGAUUUGGGGCACCGGCCCCGGUCCUGGUCCUCUGGCUCCAGCGAGGGUGGCUCAAGCUCUAGUGGUAACCAGUGUGACGCAAGGACCUGUAAAGGAGCUCGGAUUAGACACAGGUCUCGUGAGGUUGGCAGCAGAAACAAAAAAGGGCGAAACCAUGGGCAAGUCAAACUGGCCCUUAAGGCUAUUGACAAAGAAGAGCGCAGAAACACAGGUAGCAGUUGCAGUGCCUCCGAAGGCCCUCUGAAGCACCAACAGCACUACACGAAAAAAGGCAAAAAGCCAUUAAGGGAGCUCCGGAAAGAUCCCAGCUGGGUUGACUUGAAAGAGUCUGGAGGUGAAGCCAAUAACAGGGAAUAUAUGGAAGAACCCCUUUGGUACACCGAGCCCAUAUCGGAGUAUUUUGUCCCGUUCAGCUGGAGUAAACUGGAGACAAAGUAUCGAAGCAAACCAGAUUCCCCCAACGACCUAGCUACGUCCAUUGAUGUGGACAGUCUGUCUGAGCACGUACAGGGGAUCUGCAUCGCCAACACUUCGUUUCAAAGGGCGUACCUUGCAGCAGGUACUUUCGUGGAUGGGCACUUUGUCGAAGUGUCCAGUGAGGGAAACGAGGAGGCCACUGAACUGAAUGGGACCUCAAGCUGCCCUCUUCCUGAGGAUGGUAAAGAUUUAGAUGAUGAGCAUCUGUCUGAACUCACUCACUUCUAUGAAGUUGAUAUAUAUCAAUCCAUAUUGGAUCCCAGUGCCUCAGAUGCAGUACAAGAAAGUCGGAUCUUAAACAUGAUUCGGCAAAAGAGCAAUGAGCCAAGAGACAUUGAGGCAGGGUGUUGUGUAGAUUUAGAUGGCUUUGAACUGCAGGGGGAAAGUGCAAUAAAGGCGGAUUCUUUGGGAGCUUCGGGAGACGACGUGAUUCUUACGCAGGACAUGGAAAACAUUGCUCAUAUGUGGGAGUGCUGCUCAUCAUCUAGUUCUGAGGAGUUGGAAGGAGAAAGCUGUGCAGGUGACUCUCCAGCUAGGCUCUCUCCGCUGUUUGGCAGUGCGCCAUUUAACAUGAGCAAGUUGUCCUGCGCUUUUGGAGAGCCUCCUGUCCGAGAUUUCAGUGGGAGCACGUCGGCCCUAAACUCCUGUUUCUCGCUCUUUGAAGUGCAGUGCGAUAGCUCUGCUUUCCCCUUUUCCUGCGACUCCCUUACAUCCAGUCGUGAAAACAUAGAUUCAAGUAGCUGUCUAGAUCCCCAUGCAAACAAACAGUCUCGCUUGCUAAUUUGGACCAAAAAUAGUGCCUUUGAUGAGAACGAACACUGCUCUAACCUGUCGACGAGAACCUGCAGUCCAUGGUCCCAUUCAGAGGAGACGCGCUCAGACAUUGAGCAAGUUGCUGGCCAAGCAGACGAGUCUUCUCAAUUUGGCAGUGAGGAAGUUGGCUGCAUAAUUCCUCCUAUUCCAACGUCAUACCUGGAGGAGGAAUUUUUGGAUUUCUUGCAGGAGAGCCCAAGUGACCAGCAAGAUGAAAUGAGUGCAGGCAUAGUGUCCAAUCAGACCUUCAACAAGGUAUCGAAACUGGAGUCUGUGUGUGGAAUCGCCUUAGAGCAGGAUGAGAGCAAACAGUAUAACGCUGUUUUGUUUCCAGAAGACACCAACCAACAAAAUGAUGAUGAUUACAGCUCAGGAAUAAUAAAAGAUAUUUGGAUGGCUAUUGGAGACCGAGAUUGUGUAUUGGCUCUUGAAGUGGAGAAAGUAGAUGAUUUGUUUUCAGAGGAGACACCAAACUAUCAGUGUGGCUGUCUUGAUGGUGAUGCAAAGGAGCCCGUUGAAAAGAAGGCUGUACAGCAUUCAGAGUACCACCUGUGGGAGGGUCAGAAGGAGGACCAAGGCCUGGCCAAAAAUAAAGUCUCCAAGGUGGAUGGUGGGGACUACGCAACACCUGCCAGGCCUUGGGAUGUUGAUUCGGAGAGGGACAAUACAUCAUUUAUUCUUGGAGGAGUGUACGGAGAACUGAAGACCUUAAGUGGGGACAAGGAAUGGACUGUGGUUCCACCCAUCAACACCUGUGGGAACCUGUUGCAAUGUGCAUCAGCUUCCUCAUCUGAUGUGGUAACCAUUGCAGGGACUGAUGUGUUCAUGAAUACAGGCAGUUGUUUUGCUCCUGGUCAUAAGCCUCUGUGGCGACCUUUGGUGUCCUUCGGACAGAACAGUCAGGCUACCAAAGGCUCAGGGGAAGGACUGAAUAAGGGAUUUUCUGUUAUCUUCCAUGAAGAUUUGCUUGGAUCCUGUGGAGGCUAUUGUGGAGAGCAGCAAGGACUUGAUUACCCAUUUUCAUCCUUUGAUCUCAAUAACCCUUUUUCCCAGGUCCUGCAUGUGGAAUGCUCCUUUGAACCAGAAGAUAUAGCCUCAUUCAGCCCAGGAUUCAAGCCAAAGUCCAUACUGUGCUCAAACUCUGACAACGAGCCAUUCAGUCCAAGGCUAUAUGGCAUUAACCGCACCCAGUACCGGGCCAUCCGCAUAUCCCCAAGGACUCACUUCCGGCCAAUAUCAGCCUCUGAGCUUUCUCCUGGCUGGUGUAGCGUAUCGGAUGGAGAAUCCGAAAAGGAGGAAAUGAGUCUUCCCAUUCCUGAUCAGACCGACCUCUUCGACGACCCGCAGGCAGACCUCAAACCUCUGGAGGAAGACGCGGAGUGCGAAGGCCCUUACUAUGGAAAGUCUGAACUGGAGUCUGGUAAAUUUUUACCUAGAUUAAAGAAGUCGGGCAUGGAGAAGAGUGCCCAGACCUCACUCGAUUCCCAGGAAGGUGGGGGUACAACUCUGACAACCGUCGAGCAGGAGAUUUGCUUCGACUGCGAAAUUGCAGGAAAAUCUGCAGAAGCAGUGCUGGCUGUCCGCUCUCUUGUGGAGGUGCCUGUGGACAUGCUUCAGAAAGAGGAGUCCUGCUGCGAAAGGGAGUCUUGUAGGUGUGUUGGAGCAAGCCAGCUUCUGGAAUUGGGGAACUCGUACGAUGUGGUUCAAGAUUUGCAUGAGUUUCCCCGGUUGAGUUUUGGGGAGCGGAGUGUGACGAGUAGCCAGCGUGAGGAUUCCUGGUGGCAGAAUACGCUUUGUUCCUCCAUGUUUUCAGGAUCUCGCUGCACAGAAAGCAGCAACAUAUGAGUUUGCUGCCGAGCGCAGAGGCAUGGAAAAGCAGAACAGAGCUGAAACGCUUCAGAACCUCAGCUCUUUUCUCCUUCCACAGUAAACCCAGCAGAGGAUGAGGAGGAGGAGGAGCAGCUUUGUCAGAACAGAACAUCACAACCUCGACUAAUAUUUAAGUUUGAUCCCCCUCCUCUCACCCCACCCUCUGUAUUCACGUGUGUGUGUGUGUGUGUGUUCUGGAUCUGUUUGACGUGUGUAUCAAGCAGCUUUGGCAGGUGGUGAUGAUCCUUAGUUGAGUGAUCUUUACUUGAACCCCAACCUUGUGUGCGCACGUGGUGUUUUUUUUUUUUUUUAAAUAAAUAACCCCCCCCUUGGGCUCUAGCGUAGUGUGUGUGUGAGUGAGAGAGACUGUCACUCUGAACAGCAAACCCUAACCACAAUGGUAGUGACAAGAAAGGUCCAAAAAGCCCUGCAGUUUAGUAGCCUGUUUUCUUUCUCACACCAGCGGGUUUAUCAUUAUUUAUUUCCUACCGUUUUGAAGGACUGCCCUUUUACUGAUAAGUCUUCCCCAUUCACAAAUCCGGGAAAUGUGAGAACCAAAUUAUUAUUAUUAUUAUUAUUAUUAAUAUAUAAAUGUUCCUGAAGUGUGGAGCUAAUUGUUCGGUUUGCAUUGUUGAAAGCCUACUUCCCCAAAUAAGUAUUGUUUAGAGUAAUGUCUCAAAAAGAGGAAAUUAGGAAAGCGUGAAAAAAGGUUUGAGUUCUGUUUCCUGAUUCCCAUUUACAGGUUAGUUAAUUUUUAAAAUAACACGUAUAAGCUAUAGGUGCAGGUUUUUUUUUUUUUUUUUUUUUUUUAAAAAGGAGAGAUCUGUAGCGCAAACUAGUGUGAUUGAUGCUUUAAAAACACUCGUGUGCCCUUCAUAGAUUUUUGUUGCACAUCAAAUCUUUUUUCCACAGAAAUGAGUGAUGCUGAGGUUUCCUGAUUUAUUUUUGUAUUAAAUCAGAAUUUAGUAGCAGAAUAUCGAAAGGUAUGAGAUUUUUUUGGGUGUGGGUUGCUGGCUUUUUUUUUUUUUUUUUUUAAAUAAAUAUAAAGAAAGCCGGUAGCAUGACAGCCUGAUGUAUAGAAGUGGUUCGGCGUCUAAAAGAAAGGAGUUUUAAAAAAGACCUAAGCGUUCCAGUUUCCACAAAUGUAGCCAAUCAGCUUGAGGUGUGACUCCUCCCCCCCCUUUAGUUUUUUGUACAAAAGUUAUGAGGCUGCAUAGAAUUAAAAAAAAAAAAAAAAAAAAAAUCAGUUUCCACUUUAGUAAAUAAAAAGUAAACAAAUCCUAAACGAAUUGUAGUAAAUAAUACCACAGACGUGUACAUGCCUCCGCUGUUUGGCUCCGUUUUGUUGAAGCGGAGUCGUUUUGGUGAAAUGAAACGCCCACUCUGUGCUUUGUAAUGUUCUGCUAAAGGAAGCUCUGAAAUCGAGAUUGUUUUGAGCAGGUAAAGAUGUGGUGUGUUUUUUUUGCUUCAUAAGAACAUGUUUCUCUCCCCCCCCCCCAUGUUUACCAGCGUACUCUCUACAACUGUUCUAGUAAAUAAGUGACUCAUUUAGUGCAUUCAGAGUGAAGACCAGCAGAUAUUUAUGGCUGUCUGAUCAACUAUGAAUUUGGGGAACUUGUGUAGCUUGACUGAAAUGUAGACAGCCUUUUAGUUACAACACUACACACACACACUUGUACAGCUUUGGUCUUCACAUCAUUUAAUGUCUCAUCUGCCCUCUGAGCCAGCAUUAUUAUUAUUAUUAUUAUUAUUAUUGUUUUUUUUUUUUUUUCAGGGAUGUUCCAGAUGUAGUAAGUCAGGGAUUUCACAUUGUUGGUCUGUGUAAGACGAGACGGGGGAAUUCUAGUAGUUAUUGAAAGUGAUGUGAUCCGACGCUGGUCUGAAAAUGAAACCUGAUCAGGCUGGUGUUCUCACAGCCACUAACUAACUUUGUUCGAUAAAUAAAUGGAUGUUGACUUGCACAACACUUUGUGAUGGUUUGGGUAACAAAAGAUGUUUCGGCUGAGGAUUUUUUUUUUUUUUUUUUAAUAUAUUAAUUCCACCAACUGAGCUUUAGGACUUUGAAAGUUGGAUGAAACAUCACAGGCCAUGUGCUUUUGGUCAGUUUGUGGUGCAACGUUCAACCCUUUUCCCCACAUCUCAGUGCAGACUGGUGUGGGGUGCGGUGUUCACUUUUAAAGAAAGUCUGAAGCAUGAUGACCGUAAAAUAAAAUUGCAGAUACCCCAAAUGUAGUCAAUCAGUUUUGGGGUGUGUUAUUUUUUUUGGGGGGGACAAAGUUAUAAGACAAAUGAAGAUGUAUUUACCAUUAAAAAAGUACAUUGACCAGCAGAGGUUUAGAUCUGUGAUUUAAUUUUUUUUCCAUUGGACUUGCAAGUGCGGUGAGCCGCCCCCCGCCCCCCCCCCCCCCUUUUUAAUUUAUUUAUAUAUUUUUAAUAAAUAUAAAAUGGUCUUGUUAAAAAUGUUCAGUCUGAUACUGGCCCAGAACUGGAUGGGUGCGUCUUUAAUUCCGUGUUUGUUUUGCAAGAAAUGCUUUGGAUUUUGAAUUUAACAGAACAGAGGGAAACAUUUACUUAAGUGUUCAAUGUGAGCUCUUUGGCUGCUCUGAUUUCUGGAACAUUUCUGUAAUCUGCAUUUUGCUGUGUUUUUUAGUUUGAUUGCGCCUCCUUGUGGCCGCAAUAGUGUAAUGCACACAGUGCAUGAAGCACAGUUUGCUUUUCCUGGUUGGGGUGGGUUUUUUUUGGGGGGGGGGGGUGAGAAAUGAGGUACAGUACGUGAAAUCAAUUAUUCAAACCAUAUUUUAACACGGUUUCAUUCUUGAUUUAGGAAAACAGAUUUAAUUCAGCAUGAUGCGGCUGAUUUAUAUUUUUCUAAUACACUUCCAGAGGUGGUACCUUUUAUUGUUCUUGAUUGAAAACACUGAGAUGAAAUAAGAUUUAUUAUUAUUAUUAUUAUUAUUAUUACUACUACAGCCAAGGCAACACCUGCGAUAUGAGGAAAGUUGAAGGGAAGAGAAAUAAACGGAAAGUAAAAGCUGCAUGAGGAUGUUGAGGCUAAUAAUAUAGUAAGUGGACGUCAGUCCCUAAUUUGCUUUGCUUUAAACUACAAAAGUUUAAUUUUUUUUUUUUUUUUAAGUGUGUAAGUUUUAUUUCCUUUUUGCUUUUAACUAUCGUGUGAGUGAGUAUAUGUAGGUCCUCAACAAAAGUUACAAAACGAACAAAUAUCAGAAAUUAGCAUAUGAUCUGAGAGACCACAAUGUAACAAAGUACGUGUCGUGUGUGCGAGAUUGGAGUAGUGUGUACUCAAACUAGACUUUGUCCUGCAGUUCUGUUCCAUGAUUUUGUCUGUGUGUUGGGAGGGACGCACUUCCCGAAUGCAAGUCAGGAUCGCACUUUGAAGCACUGAGGGUUUGUUUUGUUUUGGUUUUUUUUGGGUUUCUUUAUCGUCCCUGUGUUCCUGUUUUGUAACUCCUCUAUGCAGCCCGGUGAGGUUUCAUCCAUCCAUCCAUACAUCCAGCACCAUCUCUGACCCGUGUUCAUCACCUCAACACCUCAGUGCCACCAAAACUUGGUCAUGUUGUUCUAAUUCCAUGUAUAAAUCCAGCAGAGAUUUGUUUCAUUGUUGAGUUCCUGAAUCUAAUAAAGGAUUGAGUACAUACA